UCUCUCUCUCUUUCUCCCCCCUCUCUCUCUCCUUCAUUCCCGCUCUCCUCCUCUCUCUUUCUCUCUUUCGCUCAUUCUACGACCGUGAUGACUGAUUACGUUUUCGAGUUAUCAAUAUUUUCCUCUUACUCCGAUAAUUAUUCUUUUCUAGUAAAUAACGACAGCUUAUGCUCGAGGAAAUGCUUUAGAGUACUUUGAUAACCCAUCGGAGUUACGCGUAAUCUAUGUCGUUCAUAUUUUUGUUUACUUUCUACAUGUAAUUCAUGUUUUAUUGAUCUUGAACCAUUGUCGUUGAUGGGAGUGCAAGAUGUCUUCGACCAAAGCAGACCCCAAAAGACUCCUACAAGAAAUGUUUCAAUCAUCACUGUCAGGUUGGGAAAGUGUAUUGAAACAUGAUGUUGCUAGAUCUUCGGAUGUGCAUAGAAUGACAGACACCCUGUGCUGUGAUUCGGAGCAAUGUAAAAAACAUGAUGAGCAUGAUAUAAGUAACAAUCUCCCUGUGGAGAACGAUAGUGUCAAUAGGAUACAAAAUGAAUCAUGCAAUGCAGCUGAAUGUUCAGCAGCUAUCGAACAUUCUUCUAGAAUAUGUUUGCUUAAUCGUUGUGUGUCAAGCAAAGAUGUUAAUCGUUUUAUCUGUACUUGUGAUAUAAUGCAUCUUGAAAAACAGAAACAAAUCUCGAAUAGCUAUGUCUGUUCUAAUACAUGCAAUUUGCGGAAAGCUCCAGCAGAUAGAAAGUUGUUAUUACCUACCACUAAAAAAGUUGGUACACAGUGGCGGAAUUGUUUUUGGAGAACAUUUUUAAUCUCUUUUAUUGUUUUAUUGUGUACAUCGUUAUGCAGUGCAGAUCUCAAUCAGUGUGCGAUCGGUCUCAAAACACCUGGAAGAACUUGGCCUCAAGGGGAUAUUGUCCUUGAAUAUGGUCAACCAUUAAAAAUACUUUGUAUAUUGAAUCGUACGUUCGUGGAUUCUGAAUUCCCCGGAAAAAAUGCUACGGACCUUGUAUUCUUCCGAAAUAAGAAAGAGAUGGAACCACAAUAUAUUACAGUCAUUAAUGAAACUACAAUAUCGUUGGAUGUGGAAAGACCUCCACCCGCAGAGGACAUGUAUUACUGUAAAUUGAGGCUGCAGAAUGAUUAUAACAAACAAUAUGAAGCAGUUUGUUUGAACAAAGUUGUAGUAGGAUACAAGCCUAAAGAGCCACUGAACUUCUCUUGCGUAUCUCACAAUUGGGAGAAUAUGAACUGUUCAUGGGUUCCCGUCCAGAAUUAUGUUACAACGAGAUUUACGCUUGUAUUUAAAUUGCCGGGAAGAGCGGGAGGACGCAAGUUAUAUCCGUGCCCAAAAGAAAACCCGAAACCAUUGCCACCGAAUACGUGUCUGUGGGAUACAACUACAAACCCGAUUUACCGCCAGCCGUACGAAUAUUAUACGUUCAUAUUAAAUGUGGAAAAUGUACUAGGAAAUGCCAGUUUUCAAUAUAAAUUUCACCAUUUCGCUCACGUUAUUCCCGCAAAACCAGCGAAUUUGUCGGUGAUUAAUAAAACAUCAGACAGCGCGUUAUUGCACUGGAGCGUGCCUUUUCCUAUGCAGAACUUUCCACCUGGUUUAUACCAUAAAAUAAUGUAUCAGAAUCACUGGCAUUCUGAAGAUACCUGGCAGGUAAUUAAUAUUACAAAUGACAGCCACAUGCACAAAAGAUACUAUAAUCUGACUGGAUUAGAGUACGCUAAUACCGGCUACGAUGUACGUGUUUCCACGAAAAGUGCUGUUGCGAUAGGGGAUGAUAAAUGGAGCGAGUUUAGCGUUGUUGCGUUCAGAACACCACCAAAAGUACCUGGCGGUCCUCCAAAAACCGAUAUCGGAAGCUUUGAAGUAGCGGAGAACAGUGCUAGCAGAGAUGUGUAUCUGUAUUGGCAAACUAUACCGGACUACUUGCAGAAUGGUGACAAUUUCACGUAUAAGAUUGAUCACGUUGAGGAGAGCGGCCGAAAAGUGUCGCUUGUUCCCAAUGAGACGACAAAUACGUAUGCUAAGUUCAAAGGAAUUAGCUUUAACAGUUACAGAUUUGAAAUCGUUACAAAGAACGUUGUUGGAAUAAACAAGGAGCGUGCUAAAAUUUUUGUUCCUAGUCAAUACGAAAUACCUGAUGGGCCAAUAGCGUUUACAAAAAUCGCAUUUCACGGGGGCUUGUACGAGCUGUCUUGGAAGCCGCCUAUUAUGAGCACAGAAAUCAUGAAUUACACAAUUUUUUGGUGCGAUAACGACCGCGAUCGUCCUUAUCAGUGCACUGGUUAUCUGGAUUGGGUGCAUGUGUCCAAGGAUACAACGAUAUACAACAUGACUGUACCGGAUCCUAUGAAAGUGUACCAAUUCGCGAUCUCAGCGAAUACUCAGAAGGCGAGCAGUGGAAUGGUGUGGGCCUCGUGUACAGUGAUCCACGACAAUAUCGUUGGAAAAAUGAAGUCAGUUUGGAUAAACCGAAUUGGCUCCAAUUUCAUCGAGGUCGGUUGGAAACUGGAUUGCUCCGAUCGCAUUGGAAUCGUGGAGGGAUUCAACAUAUACUAUUGUCCUAUCGUAUCACCGUACAACUUAAACUGUAAAGGACCGAAGCUGAAUACAACGAUAAAGGAUCCCCAUACCAUUCACGGAAUAGUCACGAAUUUGAAGCCUUAUACAACUUACAUGUUGUCUGUUGCUGUACUAACGAAGAAUACAGAGGGAUUGCACAGCGAUCCUUUAUACAACACGACACUGGAAGAUGCACCGACAACUCCUCCGCAAGAUGUCAAGGUUAUCAACGUGACCAACACGACCAUGUUCAUUACAUGGAAACCUCCGGACGCUAUGAACGGUGUUCUGAGAUACUAUGAAGUGUAUUACAACAGGGAUGCACAGAAAGUGGAGGAAGCUAAUCACGUGGAACUGAAGAAUCUAAUGGUCCACACGAAUUACAGUGUCAGCGUCGCAGCAUGUACUGUGUCUUGCAGCAAGAAAUCACAGCCGAUCUACAACGUCACAAAGAUUGGUCUACCUGGAAGGAUCGAGGUGCCUAGUGUACGAUUCAUGAACUCCAGCCAAGUGGUCGUUAUGUGGAAGAGGCCUCAAAACGCGGGCGGCUAUUUGAAUUACUAUGAAAUAUCUUCCAGUGAUGGUGAUAUACAGAAUAGUACUAAAACAGAGGCCCAACUGCCUAUCCCUGAUUGCAAGACAGUGGGCAGGGAACGGUUAUACCAGUUUCGCGUGAGAGCUGUCAAUAUUGUGCCCGACAACAUGCACUUGAAGGGACCGUGGUCUGAACCUGGAGAAGGAAACUGUUACAGUGAUGGACCAUCGUUCGGUGUCUGGGUCAUGAUAUGGGUGAUAGGAGGUAUUAGUAUGGUGGCGAUACUUUUCUGUCUUGGACACGUGUCGAAGAGAAUGUGGUUGAAGUGUAAAGCCAUGCAGGACGUUGAAGUCAAAUUACCACCGGGAUUAGCGCCUAAUAUGAAGCUUCUUCAAAAAGUGGGUGAACCACACAUAAGGCAAUCGUCCGCGGAUUCGAGCGGCUGUUCGAGCGGUCAGGAGUCCGUCACCUCUUCUCUCACAUCCGACUCUCAAGUUUCAAGCGACAGUGGCACAGAGAUAGACCCAAUACCAGUGUCGCCGAACAAAUUAAUGGAAACGUUGCUGCCCUGUGAAUCGUCGAGUUUACGUCAACGGAACGUCGGAGUGACCAGACCCGGAUUCACAGCGGACACGGAACGCUGGAAUUCGUACGUGAAAGUUGCGAAGUCCGGAGAGCCAAUAAUCGGGGACUCAUUGUCUCUGGCACGGUCCACGCCUAACUUAACCGACAGCACGGGUUACACAACAUCUCAACACACUUGGUCGUCGACCGGUUACAUGAGUAUGCCAUCUUCAGAGGAGCUAUCGAGUAACCCGAGUCCUGUCCCCAAAGAGACGGCAACAGCCGGUGGUUACAGUGUCAUAGGAGCAGUCCCCAAGCCGGUGAAAUCAAAAUCCGAAGACAACACGGAUCUAGCAGAACCUACCGCGAAUACGCUGAUACCGAUCAAAGCAGAGACGAAAGCUGCGAAUGCGUACAUAACUCUGGCUUCCUUGGAGCAGAAGCAGAAAGACAAGAAGACCAUCGAGACCCUGCGCGAUCUGGACGACCUGGCGUUUACGGAGUCGAACAAAGCGAAACUGGAGACGUUAACGCCAUUCUCUACCAGCGACAAAACUUCGAAGCCUUACGUGCAAACAGGCCUAAUCGACUCGCUGAAGAAACCGUUCACUCUGAGUGGUAUGGACGGCACAAGGAGUACCACAAUGGCCACUCCGUUCGCUUCGACGUCUCUAACCGACGCGUGCAACAAACCGUUCGUAUCCUCGUUCGCCAGUCCAACGUCUUUGCCAUCCACGCUGGACACCACGUCGAAGCCGUACGUUUCUGUGUCCUCGAUUUCCGAGGUGCUGAAGAAACCGAGCUUCCAACCGGCUGCCUCGGAGUCGUCGCCUAAACCGAGCCCGCCCGAGUCCUCUGCGGCCGACGGCUCGAAACCCUAUGUGCUUGCCAGCUCCGUUUUCCAGAUAUUGCAACAGCAACAGCUGGGAAAGCCGGAAACGACGGAGACGAUAGAAGACAGGGGCGAGGAGGACACCGCGUAUCCUCACUGCUGGCAGACCGGCGGAACGAAGCCGACCGGCAAGCUGGACAUCGACAAGCCGAUCAUCGCCAGCAAACAGAACACUGGUUACGUUACUAUAGCGGAGAAUCCGAAGCUGGACCAGUACAGGUCGUCGACGGUGUCGUCGCCGUACUUAUUGAUUAUUGCAACCAGUGCUGAGGCGGCGUUUCUGUUGGAACACACGGAAAGAAUACUCUUCUACCUUAAUAGAACAGCUUAUGUGUACGAUAAAGGGAACACGAAAUCUUAUUCAGAAAUCUCUAUUGAUUCGAAUGAUCGUGAUCAAUAG